AUGCACCGGUUAGCUUCAAAGGUAGACGAGUAUGCUCGUGGUAUGAUUAGUGGAACCGGUUCAACACUUUUUGAAGAGCUUGGUCUCUACUAUAUUGGUCCUGUUGAUGGACACAACAUUGAUGAUCUUGUUUCCAUUCUUAAAGAAGUAAAGAACACAAGAACCAUAGGAACGGUUCUUAUUCAUGUCUUGACUGAGAAAGGUCGUGGAUAUCCUUAUGCAGAGAGAGCUGAUGACAAGUAUCAUGGAGUUGUGAAGUUUGAUCCAGAAACAGGUAAACAGUUUAAGAGCACUGGCAAGACUCAGUCUUACACUACCUAUUUUGCGGAAGCAUUGAUUGCGGAAGCAGAGGCAGACAAAGAUAUUGUAGCCAUUCAUGCAGCCAUGGGAGGUGGGACUGGUUUGAAUCUCUUCCAGCGUCGCUUCCCUACAAGAUGUUUCGAUGUUGGUAUAGCAGAACAACACGCAGUUACUUUCGCUGCUGGUCUUGCUUGUGAAGGCCUUAAGCCCUUUUGUGCAAUCUACUCGUCUUUCAUGCAACGAGCUUAUGACCAAGUUGUACACGAUGUUGAUCUUCAGAAACUGCCAGUGAGAUUUGCAAUGGACAGAGCAGGACUUGUGGGAGGAGAUGGUCCAACGCAUUGUGGAGCAUUUGAUGUAACGUUUAUGGCUUGUCUUCCAAACA